AUGGGUCGGCUCGACCGGAGUGAUACCACGGCCUCACAGAAAACCGAUUUGAAACAACCACAUCGUUGUGUUUCGCUGUGUAGAAAGGUAGAAGAGGUAACAAAAGUUAAAAGUUGGCAACACUGGUUCAAUCGACAGAAAGGGACGCAGCUAUUCUGUACGUUGGACGGGAUCGUAGGUAUACCUACGGCGGCGCGGCGAUCGGCGCGGUGGGGCGCCGAGCCGCUGCGCCGUGACCGCGGUGCGGCUGGUGGUGGAAAAGCAGAUGUCAUUCCAGCGGAUGAAAUCCUUGAUAAAGUGGCUAAUUUAAUCCGGUCUACCUGUACGGGUUUCGAGGUUCCCUUUGGUGGUGAUAGGUAUGGUGGUGGUGAAGUUCUCUUUGAGUUGGAGAUGGGCACAAAUUCAAAACGGAUUCAUAAUAAUGCAGCAGUGCAAAUGCCUACGGAAGAUUUACUUCUACAUACAAAAGAAGCCAAAAAGAUAAAAGCUGAAGAUGGGCGCCGGGAAAGAAAUUUAGCUAUAGCCGAAUAUUUAAAAAAGAAGACUGAAAAAUUGGAGUUGGAAAUAAAACUGUUAAAGUUAGCUAAUAAAGAAAAACUUGAUCAUAUUUAG